CCGCCCCUCUCCGCGCCGCCUGUGAAUCAGGGCUUUGCCGGGCACGGGCGGCAGGCUUCUAGCGUGUGCUGCGGGGCUCCAUGGAGAAGGCGGCUGCGGUGAGCGAGGGCGGCAGCAACAGCAGCAGCCGCAGCAGCAGCCGCCCCACAUCGGCGGGCUCGUCCCCCUCGUCCUCCUCCGCCAGCCGCGGGCUGCCGGGCCGUGCGGCGGCGAGGCUGGAUGGAGGCGGCGGGUGUGGCGGCGGCGGCAGCAGCCCCGGCUCGGCGGCGGUCAGUCCAGGGUGCGCGCAGGCGCCCGGCGGCGCCCGGCGGCGGGAGCCGGUGCUGGAAGGGACGCUCAGCAAAUACACCAACCUCCUGCAGGGCUGGCAGAGCAGGUACUUUGUGCUGGACUUUGAGACGGGGAUUCUGCAGUAUUUUGUGAAUGAACAAAGUAAAAACCAGAAGCCACGAGGAACCUUGUCUUUAGCUGGAGCUAUAAUACUGCAUGGUGAUGAAGUGCCACACAUGUUGGUGGUCUACUCUGCUAAUGGAGAGAUGUAUAAGUUAAGAGCUGCUGAUGCAAAGGAGAAACAAUACUGGAUAACUCAGCUUCGGUCCUGUGCCAAACAUCACAAGGAAGGUAAUUCUAAGAACAUUUCAUCCUCACGAAGUAGAAGCUCAUCUCUGCUGCCAUCUGGGACAGUUAAUGCUGCAUCUCCUAGUGGCCAGCGACAUAUGAAUCAAAGUGGGCCAACUGUUGUAACCAUCACACAUCACAAAUCACCCGCAGCUGCUCGAAGAGCAAAGAGCCAACGUUCUGGUCAACUCCAUGAAGUUAGAGAGGUCAUGAGCCAAGUUGAAGGACGACAGAAGAAUCUUGUACAAGCCAUUGAAGCUCUGCCAAGUUCUGGGCCCCUUUCUGCCUUGGAUCAGGACUUGCUGCUUUUAAAAGCUACCUCUGCUGCCACCCUGAGCUGCCUUGGAGAAUGCCUGACUCUGUUACAGCAAAGCAUGCAUCAAGUGGGCCAGAAUCAUAACAGGCCACUGUCAUCAGAAGGUAUCCUGGGAUGGUCUGGGCCCAAGUCACAGUCCACAGAGCAACUGAAAAAUGGUGCUCUCAGCUCCUUAUCGACCGCUAGUGCCAGCAUUACAUGGGCAAUAGUUCCAUCUGCAGCCCAGGAUGGACCGGCACUACAGCCAAAUACAGAGCAUUCAGCUUGUGAGUUGAUCGUAGUUGAAGAUGAAAUGACAGAUACUGAAGACAAUGAAGAGGAGGAUUUAGGAGUCAUGGAUGAUCAACGUAGUGUAAUUCUUCAUCUCAUCUCCCAACUCAAACUUGGCAUGGACCUUACCAGGGUAGUGCUUCCAACAUUUAUUUUGGAGAAAAGAUCCCUGCUGGAGAUGUAUGCAAAUUUCAUGGCCCAUCCAGACCUGUUUUUGUCAAUUGCAGCUGGAGCCACUCCUGAGGAAAGAAUUAUCAGCUUUGUGGAGUAUUAUCUAACAGCUUUUCAUGAAGGCCGAAAGGGAGCGGUUGCCAAGAAGCCCUAUAACCCUAUAAUUGGUGAAACGUUUCAUUGCUCCUGGGAUGUGCCUAAAGAUAAAGUGAAAGCAUUGAGAACUAACGGUGCCUCCACAGUUUCUAAGGAACCAACCAAGGAGUUUGGCCAGAACCAGUCCACAUGCUACAAGCUGAGGUUUGUAGCUGAACAAGUGUCCCACCAUCCACCAAUAUCUUGCUUUUACUGUGAGUGCAAAGAGAAGAAAAUGUGUGUGAACGCUCACGUAUGGACCAAAAGCAAGUUCAUGGGCAUGUCAAUAGGUGUUUCUAUGGUAGGUGAAGGUGUUCUUCACUUAAUGGAACAUGAAGAAGAGUAUGUUUUCACCCUACCUAGUGCCUAUGCUCGCUCGAUACUUACGAUCCCCUGGGUGGAGCUUGGAGGGAAAGUCAACAUUACUUGUGCCAGAACAGGCUAUUCUGCUACUGUCACAUUCCACACCAAGCCGUUCUAUGGAGGGAAGGUCCACAGGGUAACAGCUGAAGUGAAACACAGUCCCACUAACACCAUUGUAUGCAAGGCACAGGGAGAAUGGAAUGGGAUGCUGGAAUUUACUUACAGCAACGGAGAAACCAAAGUGAUCGACACCAACAAACUGCCCAUUAUCAGGAAAAAGAUUAGGCCGAUAGCAAAGCAAGGCCCACUGGAAUCCAGGCACCUCUGGCAGCACGUCACCAACUCUCUGAAAGAAGGCAAUAUUGAUGCAGCCACAGAGCACAAGCACCACCUUGAAGAGAGACAGCGAGCAGAGGAGAGGCAACGUGUGGCUCUUGCAGCACAGUGGAAACCAAAAUACUUUGCCAAAGAGGGCGAUGGUUGGCUAUACUUGAAUCCUCUCUGGAAGACCCAAUGAUGCGGUAGAGCAGUUGCCUCGUAAUUUUACCUUUAAGGCAUUAAAAUGAUACAGUGUAUAACCUGAAGAUAUCAUUGAGUAGGUCCUGUUAUUGGAAGAUACCAACAAGAAACUGUAUUGUGAAUGGUGCAUCUCAAAAUAACGACAUUCGCAAUUUAUUCAGGAGCCAUGUUGUGUGUAUGGGUACACGAACACAUGCACACACGUCCGUAUGUACACAUUAUACACACAGUGUGUAUGUGCUUGCAUGUGUAUUAUUUACACUACAUGUAAACAAGUUUAAACACUAACAGUGAAUUGAAGACCUUUUCCUGUGUUAGGGCACAAGCCUCCAGCUGGACCUAGCUGGGGCUCCCUGAGUUUUGUGCUUGCAGGAUCAGGCCUAUCCUAGUAUAUAAGAAAAUACUUUUUUAUUAGUUAAGGUUUUUCUAUUUUUCACUUAUGCCAAAAAUGUUUUGCACUUAAAAUGUGAUGUGUCACUUAAUGGCCGUCAUUCUGUCUGAACAGGCAUUGAGUGACUCACUUUGACAUUAAGAAUGAUACACUGAUGGCAUCCUUCCUAUUUGGGAUGCUGAUUCAAGAGCACGUUUCUGGUCACUUAGGAGUGUAAAUUUUCAGCCAUCGUGUAAGAAGUAGCAAUACCUUCUCAAGAGCAUUGUUCACACUAACCCACUGAGCCCCCUCUUUUUCCUUUGUUCAUACUUCCAGCUGUUGAACAGAUAUGGUCACCAGUGAGCCAGCUGCUUGGGUGAUUCUCAUCUUGUUGUGCAGUGUUCUGGGUACUGUUGCACCAAUGCUUGGGGUUACACGUUCCACUAAAUCCCUUCUGGCAGCUGUAGCUGUGGUGUCCAGCUCAGCCUUACUGCAGCUUUUUGCCCCCAUGUAAGAGGCGCUGCACCUGAGCAUUCCCUGCCUUGCCUUUGAAGUUAAACCACUGCUCAAAGGUGCGGCUGUGUGCUGAGGUGGAUGAUGCUGGGCUGGAGUCCUGUCCUGCUGGGCUGCUGGGAUCAGUGAGGGCCUUCCCCACCAGCUGAGCAGUGCAUUGCUCGGGGCAGUCAGACCGGAGAUGGUGGGCUCAGAGCCCCUCAUUUCAUGCGAAGGCUCCGGGCAGACCACGUGCGGAUUGCUUCUGCUUUUGACCUGGUUGAUUCUGAAUGACGUACUUGGGUGAAUGGUAGAACUAGCCUUCUUAGAUGAAUGAUUUUUCUGAUGCGAAAGUAACAGGCUAGUUAAUUGUUACAGCAACAAAAGCUUUAUUAAUGAAGCAAACAAAAUGGGAUAUAGUUUUGUAAAGUAAAAAAGUAAACAGUCCUGUAGCUUGAUCUGGUUUUGUAAGGUGACCACUGUGACACUGAGGAAGUGGAUUCUGAAAGUGUGUUAAGGCUUCAUUGCUUUUUAGUUGGUGUUUGUUGACAGUGAAGAUGUUUUUGAGAGGAGCAGCAACAAAAGGCAAAUGUAAAUGUGCUAACUUCUGCUGUGCCCUGUCAAGAAACCACUCUGUUUUCUAAUGCAAAGUAAUGUGGUGGGCCUUUCCGUAGUACUGAUUAAUUUUGUGCCUUUUGUCUUAACACAGUAACUUAUGCUUUAUAUAUGUGACACAAAUAUCUUUUAAGUCAAAGCACUGCUUAGAUCUGUUCUUGUGUGUCCUGCAUUUCCUCAUUAUCUGCCUGGUAGAUGUGACAAUCCCUUCAGCAACUCAAGAGGCUGCUCAGAGGUGUAUACACAAGGAAACACACCAGUAGUUGUUCAUUUGGACGUAACAGUUGUUAAUAGAUCUUUAUGUUCAAACUUCAGAUCCCCUUUUAAUGCAGCUGUGGCUGCUUUUUCCUCCUAAAUGCUAUUUUGUCUGCUUGUAUGUCCUUGUUUUUGCACAUUAAGAAAAUCCAUGUUAUGAAUGAUGUAAAUCCUAUUUUUAAAAGAAAUGUGGACAGUAUGAGCUUCGUUUUGUAACCAACAUUUUUAAGGGGAAAAAAAUAUUUUUAGGAAUAGUUGAUUUUUUUUGUAACAAAGCAAAAUGAUGCCAUCAUAGUAAUCACUGAACUGCCACAAGUAUUGUCAGGAAAACAUGUACUUCAUCACCUGCAAGAAUUAGCUUUCUAAUGGAUCCUCUCCUGCUCUAGAGGUCAGUCUGAUAAGUAACCAGAAGUAUUCAUAUGGUUUGUAAUAUCACAAAGAACAAUCGAAAAUGCAGAACUGAAUAUGUGGAACAUCCUCCCAGAACUUUUGGCUUUCGCACACCAAACAAGCCACAGACUCACUAUAAAGAGCCAUGGAAAACCUCUCUCCACCAGGCAUGCAGGCCUGCUCUCCUGAAAGAGUAAACCUCUUUCAGAUUUGGUGGUAGGACUGUCGAGGCUACAAGGGUACUGUAGCCGUUCUUUUAAAAGGAGAAAUUGGAGUAAUUUUAUGCUUGUAAUCUAUUGAAGAGUUUUUCUGUCUGCAUGGUUGGCUCUUUCUGCAUGCUCAGAACAUUCCACUUGCAUUCUGAUAAAUGUUUUGUUUGGUUCCGAUGCUCUGAAGAACCUGCUGGGGUUUCUGCUGUUCCUUUUCCAAAGUAACUUGGGAGAGGCAGACACGAAAAUAGCCCUUUUCUCUGAAAAGAUCCCAUCAGCGAGAGAUUCCAGAACAAGGUUCACAAGUGUCAUUUUUUGGUAGUUCUGUGUUCAGUAUAUUUUUAUGAGAUUGAAAUUAAAUAUUCAUAAGCCUUACUCCGUAGGUUGUUCCAGUAGCUGUCUUGGACUUGCAAGUGAACGUUUUCCAAGUAGCCAGCGUACACUCUAAAUUGUAAUGAAACCUCCAUGUACUUUCAGUUUUGUGUGUGCACGCUGUGGAAAGCCUAUGCAACCUUUUUCUUUCUCAAGUAAGAAUGUUCAAAAAGAAAAUUUUUAACUUUAUGAUUUCCAAGAUGCUCCGGAAGUCUCUUCUGAUUUGCCUUCCUUUCAUAAUUUGUGACUUUAAGGUGACAAUGCUCAUGAAUAAAAGAUUUGUUUCAUUUA